UGAGUAGUUAUUGUACAUAAAGCGAAUGUUGGCUAAUUACAAAUAUCCUCUCAACAUAAUUACAAACGUCCAACUCUAGCUCUCCAUACCUAUUGUGGCGUCUAUUUUCGAUGUUUCCUCUGCCAUUCGUGAGGGUGGUGUGGCAGUACUUGGUCGCGGUAGUCUUGUAAUUUACUUUUUAAUGGUACUACUCAUACUGUACUUCACCCUGACUCAGCUGACUGCACAUGUUGUAUAAGGAUUAGGCUACAACGCUAACUUCGAGACGUCAACACUAAAAGAAGGCGGUUCUUCAUUGAGCCCUACAAAAUCCAAAGGCAAAAGAGACCAGACUGUUUUCUCUCAAGUCUGCAAAAACUUUCUGUUACAAACCCCCUGGGAAAAACUUCCUGCAGAAUGGAAAUAUCCAAAGCAGAUGACCUUUCGACUGAGCAGGCUGCCAAUUUACUAGGUUCACCUGGUCGAGACAAUCAGAUGAGACAGAGUGGACAGGUCCAUAAAAAGAGGUCGAAGAACCGCAUGGUCAUCGUUGCGGUACUGUUGCUCUGCUUGCUGAUGAUCACUGUCAUCGUGGUCGUAUUUGCCUUGAAGCAGCGCUGCGAUGUUAAAGUGACAAGCUGUAAAAACAGGUGUGUGAUGGGCAGCAGGGACAAGUCUGCAUCGUGCCACUGUGACCUGUCCUGUGAGAAAGAGGGAAACUGCUGUCUGGAUUACACUGAGGUGUGCGUGGAGCCUGGUCAGCGUUGGACCUGUUCCAGAUUCCGCUGUGGUGAGGAGAGGUUGGCCAAUGGCCUGUGCUCCUGCUCUGAUGACUGUGUGAAAGCAGGGGACUGCUGUGCAAAUUACUACAGCUCCUGCAAAGUGGGAGUGAAGUCUUGGAUAGAAGAGGAGUGUGAGGACAUUCAAACACCACAAUGUCCUGCCAGUUUUUCCAAACCCCCACUGAUCCUGGUGUCUAUGGAUGGCUUCCAGGCAGGUUAUUUAAAGGCCUAUGGCAGUCUUCUUCCAGUCAUCAGCAAAUUACGCAACUGUGGCACUUCUACGUCAUACAUGAGACCUGUCUACCCCACCAAGACCUUCCCCAACCACUACACCAUUGUGACUGGCCUCUAUCCAGAGUCCCAUGGGAUUGUUGACAACAAGAUGUAUGACGUGACCCGCAACGCCUCCUUCAGUUUGAAAGUUCCCGAAAAAUUCAAUGCCAAAUGGUACCAAGGAGAACCAGUUUGGUUCACUGCCAUGGACAAUAACCUGAAGUCAGCCACAUUCUUCUGGCCGGGCUCUGAUGUGGCAGUCAAUGGAAGAUUACCUGACUUUUAUAAGAAGUAUGACAAGAACAUCUCAUUUGAGGAGAGAAUCUCAACCAUAUUUCAAUGGCUGAACUUGCCUCAAGGGGAAAGGCCAGAUUUUUACACUCUGUACAUGGAGGAACCAGACUCUGCCGGCCACCAAUACGGACCAAUGAGCAGCCAGGUGAUUGAGGCCCUGCUGAACGUGGACAGGUUGUUAGGACUUCUAAUGGACGGCUUGAAACAGAAGAACCUUCACCGCUGUGUCAACCUGGUGCUUCUGUCUGACCACGGAAUGGAGGAAGCUUCCUGCAAAAAGGCUGCAUUUGUAAGCUCGUACCAGGACAACAUUGACGACUUCACUGUCAUCCAAGGCCCCGCUGCGCGAAUCCGACCCAAGAACCUCCCAGAAGACUUCUUCUCCUUCGACUAUGAAGGCCUGGUGAAGAAUCUGUCGUGCAGGAUCCCUGACCAGCCCAUGAGGCCCUACCUCAAAGAGCACCUUCCCAAACGGAUGCACUUUGCUAACAACGUGCGCAUUGAGAAGGCCCAUCUCUACAUGAAGCCUGGCUGGCAAGCAGCUCUACAACCUACGGAAGUCAAGUACUGCACUGGUGGAUUCCACGGCUCGGAUAACGUCUUCAAAAACAUGCAGGCCAUUUUUAUCAGUUAUGGACCAGGGCUGAAAUACAAGACCCAAGUUGCACCUUUUGAAAACAUUGAAGUGUACAACCUCCUGUGUGAUUUGUUGGACGUUCCCCCUGCUCCUAACAACGGGACCCAUGGGAGUCUGAACCACCUCCUGAAGAACCCUCCCCACCGCCCCGUGUACCCAGCUGAGCUCUCCUCUAACUCCACCUGUAAGGCCAGUGGCCUUGCCCCCUCUGACCACCUGGGCUGUAGCUGCAGCACCCGCACCAAAGCAGUGGAGAAGACUAUGAACAGGCAACUCAUCAAAGACAAUUCCAUUUCCGGAACCAAGGCUCUUCACCUACCAUAUGGAAUCCCUCGAGUUCUCCAGGAGAAUUCAGAGUACUGUGUCCUGCACCACGCCGACUACAUCAACGGUUACAGCAAAGAUACUCUCAUGCCCUUAUGGGUCGCCUACACAAUUAACCCACUGAACAAUGUCCAGCCACUGAGUCCAGUAGCGGAGGCCUGUGUCCGUGCAGACGUCCGUGUGGCGCCGCUCUUCAGCCAGAACUGUGUCAGAUACAAGGACAACCCUGCGCUGUCCUACGGCCUGCUGCAUCCACCCAAUCUGGGUGCCAAUGGAACAGAGGCAGAGUCACUACUCACCAGCAACAUUGCGCCCAUGUACCCUGCUUUUAAAGAUGAUUUGAAGGAGUGAGCAAUUGGCAUGUUGACUCCAGGAAUGUCCACCAGAGCUGUUGCCAGAGAAUUUAAUGUUCAAUUCUCUACCAUACGCCGCUUUAGAGAAUUUGGCAGUACAUCCAACCGGCCUCAGAACCGCAGACCACGUGUAACCACGCCAGCCCAGGAGAUUCUUCACCUGCGGGAUAGUCUGAGACCAGCAACCAGGAUCUUGACCUGAUUGUAGUUCGACUGUUGUAACCGACUUCAGUGGGCAAAUGUUCACCUUUGAAGGCCCCUGCCACACUGGAGAAGUGUGCUCUUCACAGAUAAAUCCCGGUUUCAAUUGUACUUGGCAGAUGGCUGACGUGGCGUCGUGUGGGCGAGUUGUUUGCUGAUGUUAACGUUGUGAACUGCGUGCCCCAUGGUGGCGGUGGGGUUAUGGUAUGGGCAGGUGUAAGCUAUGGACAACGAACACAAUAGCAUUUUAUACAUAGAGAUACCAUGAUGAGAUCCUGAGGCCCAUUGUCCUGCCAUUCAUCCAUCACCUCAUUUCAGCAUGAUAAUACACGGCCCCAUGUCGCAAGGAUCUGCACACAAUUCCUGGAAGUUCAAAUGUCCCAGUUCUUGCAUGGCCUGCAUACUCACCAAGGACGCUCUAGAUUGGAGUGUACUACAGCAUGUUCCAGUUCCCGACAAUAUCCAGCAACUUCGCACAGCCAUUGAAGAGGAGUGGGACAACAUUCCACAGGCCACAUUCAACAGCAGCCUGAUUAACUCUAUGUGAAGGAGAUGUGUAGCACUGCAUGGUUGGUUGGUUGACUGGUUUUCUGUUCCACACCCCUACUUGUUUUUUGAACGGUAUCUGUGACCAAUAGAUGCAUAUCUGUAUUCCCAGUCAUGUGAAACCCAUAGAUUAGGGCCUAAUGAAUUUAUUUCAAUUGACUGAUUUCCU